UGAAUCUGUUUCACAGAUUGUAACGACCGAACUGCCAGUAUCCGGUUUGAACGCAGGACUGAAAAACCACAAUGUAUCCGAGUAGGCCAGACUACGUUCUUCUGUACACAUUCUUAUAAGAUACAACGCAUCGAAUUUCAAAAUAAGGCCAGAAACGCACAAUCGCUAUCGGCAAAAUAUUUCUAAAUGUCACCAGCAAGCUAUUACUACUUGUCGACUUGUUUGAGCGAAUCAAAUGAUGUUGAUAGGGAUAACUUACUAUUAUUUUAUCAUUCGAAAUGCAGUUAAAAGACCGUUGUUUAGUUGUUAUUGCACUAAUCACAGGUCGUAACUUUCCUAAUCGACCUACAUAUCAUUUAGUAUGUGAAGCCAAAUUCAAUAAUGAAGUUUUAUCAACUGAUCCAGUUGAACAUAAUGAAGAACCCCAAUUUGAACAGGAACUUGCUUGGGAUUUAGAUAAAACAAGUUUAAAACAACAUCGUUUACAACGGAGUGCAUUGAAAGUGACGGUAUCCGCUGUUGACAGCCAAUCACCAGUUAAAGAACCAAUUGGAUUUUUCAUGUUAGAUUUACGUUCAUGUUCUACUGAAAAAGUCUACAAAUGGUAUCGAAUUCUGCAUAGUAAAUAUAAAAGCAGUCCAGCUGUAUUUGCUUCAAUUUAUUUAGAUAUUGAAGGACAAGAACUUGUUCCAAAUCCAAAAAUCAAAACAGGUUUGGCGAUGAGCCUAUCAGAAGCUGAUUUAAUACCUCGUGUUUAUAAUUCAGAAGAAGACAAUCAACACUUUUCAAUACCUACAACAAUGGCAAAUAUACAAUCAACAAAUAUCACUUGGUAUACAAUUGGUCCAAGGCGUCUAGCAAAAGAAUAUUUUAUGUUAACUUUUCAGUUUGAAGAAGCUUUUAAAUUAGAAUCAUUAAUUCCAAUUGAACAAAGUUUAUGUUCAGGUGAACAUAUUGGUGGAUUUCAUUUUACAUGUGAACUAUUUGGUAUUACAAUUUACUCUAAUCAAUUCAGUCAAUUAAUGCAAGUGAAAUUCAAUUCAAUCGAACAAACUUUCUAUAUUAAAUCAACAGUUGAUAUUCUACGUAUUUAUUUUGUGCAUAUUACUCCAUUAGUGAUCAAAUUUUGUUUUGGAAGUCAUGUAUUAGCACAUGCAACUGUUCCAGUAGAACAACUAAUACCGUUCAAUGAUCAUAUACUACAGAAUACUGCUGUAUUAAAUAAAAGUUUUGACCUUAUAUCCGAAGAAUCUGAUCAACAAUUAAAAGAAUAUCAAAGUAAGCAUACUGAAGAUAAACCACGUGUCAAUAUAAACAUAACACUUCGACGAUAUCCUGAUAAAAAUGCAAUACAACAACGAUCGAUCAUGACAAAUAAUAAUAGUAGCAGAAGAUUGCGCAAUAUGACAGAUUCAUUGAAUCAUAUUUCUUCACUGAAUCUCGAUCCAUAUGCAGAUGUAAAUACAAUGUGUUCGAAUGUAAAUGAAAAUUAUGAUCAGUUUGUAACUUCGUUACCGGAGGGAAAAACACUUAAACAAUCCAGUAGAACACUUGAACGUGAUGACUAUUUAUGUCCAUCAAAACUGCUGAACGUUUAUCAGUCAAUGGAUGGUACACCCAAUUGGCAUCGUUAUUGUUACACUAUUGAACUAAGAAGUGUAAAAAAUAUUCAAGGUUUCGACCAUGAGUUACAACUUUACGCCAGAUAUGUAUAUCCAUUGUUUGGAAGUGGAGCCCCAGUUAUGACACUUCCACCGAUUGCCGUAGCCAGAAAUCAAGAGGUUAUUCUUCCGCAUGGGUUUUGUGCUUUCGAGUUUGCUGCAUCGCCUGAAGAAUUAAAAACUCGUCUUAAUGACAAUCCAUUGAAAGUGGAAUUUUUCGAUCGAUCACAAGGUACUUUAGCAACAGAUUCCUUCAUUGGAUAUUCCCUUAUACCUUUAGUAUCAGUCUUUGAAUCAUCAAUUGUUAAAGCCACAAAAGAAUCGUCUACUUUAGUCAGACGUAUAAAUGAUAGUGUUGACAUGUUAGCUGAACAAAGCAAUACAAAUGAAUUAAAAGUUGUUGGACAACUUGUCUAUUCAUUACAGUUAGAAGAUUUCGGUGCACAUAAUGUAGAUAGUAAUGCAUCUGUAUUGGAUAUGACAAAGGGAUUAGUUCAUCAAAUAAAUGAUGAAAUCAAGUCUGAACCAUCAGAUAUACGAUCAACCCGUGAAUAUCAAGUGGCUAUUGAGUUGGAACUGUGGCGUGCAGCAGAAGAAGCCAAAUUUACUGCUCAAUUAAAGAAACGAGAACAGACACUGAUGGCUACACUUGCUGAAGAAUGGCAUAAAAGAGAUAGUCAACGCGAAAUUAUAUGUCGUAAAAAGCUUUCUGAAUAUCAAGCUCUGGAGGAAAAAUUGCGCAAUACACUCAUUGAACUUGCUACUAGAGAGCGUCAGCUAACCGCAGGUGAGGCAGAAUUGGUACGCCUGAAACAAGAAAAUGCAAGGGAAUUGGAAGUUAGACGCAAAGAAUUGAAUCAACAGUCUCAAGUUCAGAUUCGUGAUCUAGAAAGUCAGAUGAAAUUGGAGAAAAAAAACUCUGAGCAUUGGAAGUCACAAAUAGCUGAAUGGCGAAGUAAGUAUGCUUCUCUGGAGGAAGAGAAUAACAGUCUAAGAAAUGAAAUAAACGGCAGAUUGAAAAAGUCGGUAGAUAACAAAGCGUCUAACGAAACACCUUCAAUAAACAAUGAAGUAGCCCGACUGACUGCAGAAUUAGCAGUUGCUCGGGCUACACUAUCCGAAACAGAAUGCCGUUUAGUUGAAGUAGAACGUGGUCGAGCAAGAUAUCGUCAGUUAUGGACGAAAUCUCUGCAUGAACUAGCCAAGGUAAAACAAGAAGCAGAUGAAGCUACUCGAAUUUCACUGGCACAAAAAGAAGCAGAACUUGAACAACUAAAGUCUUACUACUUAAAUGUUGAUGAAAAACGACCAACUAGCCAAGAUUUAAAAGAACCGACAGAUGGUAACUUGGAACGGUAAGUGAAUAUUUGGAAUGUCUAUUAAUCAAGUUGGCUUACGCAGUACUACAUGAGGAGUGUCCCCUGCUUUUAGAAGAAUUUUAAUGUAAUUUAUAGACUAAUAGAAAAUAAUUUUUAAAUGUACCACUUUAAACAGAUGAAUUGAAGAAGAGAAUUUUUCCUUUGAUCAUAGCAUUUGCUAAAACCGUACAAUCGUACUUAAUAAGUAUAAGAAUUAAAGAUAAAGUAACACAGUUAAGAUUUUCGUCACUGGAUUGAUUGCCAAACACAAUAAAUAACUGUUAAGCUAUACCAAAUGAUAUAGCCGAAGAUGAAGUCCUCGACGCUAAAAUUAUCUUGGAUUGCUUUUCAAUAUGUUAGUAGAUGAUGCCCAGUUUUACCUAAUACGCUCUACCUCACUAACUAUUCUUCUGAAACAUAUUCGCGACUAAACUCAUCAGUUAUUUAGCCAUCUUCUUAGAGUUGACGCUUCAGUUUUGUUUAUAUUUCUCCUUCUGAAAUCAUACAUGCACAUAUAUUUCCUAUGCUGAAUAUGCUUUCCAGUGAUUUUCAGCGUUUUGUAACAUCUAAAUGUAACAUUUGGUGAACUGUGAAGCGCCAUUAGACCAGUUAGGACAAUCGCGAUAAUUUCAAUGUUUUUUCCCACAGGACUGAAAGUCUGUAUACAUACACUCAUAUUGUUUGCAGUUGUACUACUAAGUAAUCGCUUACAGCGUAACAACCAUCAAACAUUGAACGAUAGGACGUAAAUAAUUAAUACGGAUUUUUAGUGUUUGACGUAAAACAGAGGGGUUAUUCGCAUAAACGUGGGGCAAAAUAAAUGCGUUAGAAUUUGAACGUAAUCACAAACUAAAUUGGUGUACAACUGUAAUCAGUUGUUCAAUAUUAGCCAAACAAAAUUUUCAACAGGAGUUAUUAAUUUUAUUUUAAUCCUUUGCUUCCAUGUUUCGUACGGAUUCGGAUGAUUAAUACACAAUAAGUGGACAGCAAAUAUUUGUAGGAUUGAUUGACAGGAUACAGAUAAAUACUUUCACGAAUAUACUGAAAUGAGUGACGGUUUGAAAAUUUUGAGCAAUAUCUUGAGUUAGGAUAAAACACUGAAUGUAUUGAUACGUAGUUUGGAUGGGGUCGUUCUGUUAUUGAUCAUGGUUCACAAUACAUCCACAAAGUGAUUAAAUGGAAAUAGAUUCUCAAAGCAAUACUAACAUCCCAGUACUUCUCCUAGUUAUUUAUAUGUGUAAAGAGGAAGAAGAGUGUAAUAGUUAUACGCAACAUUAAGGUUUGUUACAGAGGUCCAGGAGUUUACCGUUUGAUUUUUUUAAAAGUGCAUAAAUUCUGUUUACUUUCGUUCUAGGUGAUUGGUUUUUUUGAAAAAAUGUGAACUAUAUCGCAUUUCCCACUGCUGUUUUUCUUGACCGACGCUCCACAUAUUAUCUUUCUUUUAUAGGUGCACCAACCUCAAAAUUUACUUCCAGAUAUGAUUUUAUUACAGUAGCUAUAUAUUUUGAUUUUUAGAUCCAAAAUGAAUGAAGAAAUGACUACUGAAAUAAACGUUUCUGACGUAAAGUCUGUGGUGGAUGAGAAAAUAGAAGCACAAAUUACUCGGCUGAUUGAAGAACGUGACGGUCUACUAAAUACUGGUGUUUACGAAAAUAGUGAUUCUUUAAUUGUUGAUCUUGAUCGACAAAUCAGAUACCUUUUAGGGAAAAUAUAAUUCCAUUUAUUUGCUUUUUAAUAAAUACAAAGCUACUUGUAGUCAAACAAGUUGUGUGAAAAAACUCAAGCAAGCAUCCUCAUAACCAAUGAAGAGUUUAUUAAGUUACUAAAGGAUGGACUUAUUCCGUUUGUAAAUAUGUAUGAUAGAUCUAGUUUGCACUUUACACACAGAUAUGACGAGUUAUGAUCGACAUGCCAGACCUCACUCCACAUAUAAUGAGCUACUAGCAGUUGCCUCCUUUCAAUAAAAGAUGUGCGUAUAAUCGACGGAUGUCAUAUCUCAGAUCAUAUGAACUUGUGGAAUAAGCAGUUAGAAAUACUCCUGUGAAAGGUAAUAUCCCGCAUGGUUAUAUAGCAAUGCUACCCGGUGCUGGAGAUGGUUGGAAAAAAGUUAGGGGCGGCCAAACCAAAACGUGGCAUCAGUGCUUAAAGUCAC